GAUUGUCUCCUCUUUUGUCAGCUUCUCUCUCUUCAUUUAAAAGAAAGAUAGCAACUACUAAAAUAAGCAAAACCACAUUUUCUUUCCUUUAUUCUCCAAGUCCUUUCUAUUUCUACUUACAAUGAGCUUAACCAUUUCUUUCUCUGCCUGAGUAAGAAGGAACCAAGAACCAGAUAACCAUGGAGUUACUAAUGGGUUCUGGUCAGAACCGGACUGAGACGGAUGGUUCAUCCUCCACAGAGUCAUCUUCACUAACUACUGGACUCAGGUUUGGUCAGAAGAUCUACUUGGAGGAUGGAUCCGGAUCCCGGUUAAGCAAGAACCGGGGUCGUAAGUCUACUACAACAGCUAUGUGCCAAGUGGAAGGUUGUAGAGUGGAUCUAAGCAAUGCAAAAAGAUAUUACUCAAGGCACAAAGUCUGUUGCAUUCACUCAAAAUCAUCUAAAGUCAUUGUCUCUGGUCUUCUUCAAAGAUUCUGCCAACAAUGUAGCAGGUUUCACCAGCUUUCUGAGUUUGACUUGGAGAAAAGAAGUUGUAGAAGACGACUCACUUGUCAUAACGAAAGAAGAAGAAAGCCUCAAGCAACAACAGCAUCUCUUUACGGAAGGGUUUUGGGAGAUCCUACUACGUGGUCAACCGCAAGGGAUAGCCAUCAACUGAUGAAUGCUUUUUUAUCACAGGGAAGCUCAAGCUUUAGUAUAACAUACCCAGAGAUGGUGAACAAUAAUAAUAGCAGAGAGUCGAGCUGUGCUCUCUCUCUUCUGUCAAACCCAAAAACAACUCAGCAGCUGCAACAACUUCAGACAUCAGUCAGUGAUUCCUUGAGGGUUACAAUGGCUCAGUCACCACCUGUUUCAACAGUACAUAGUCAGUACACGAACCAAACCUGGGGGUUCAUGUCAGGCAAAAAGAGCAAUUCGCCUUGUGUGUCCCCUGUUUUGGGACUGAGCCAAAUCUCUGAGCCAGAUGAGCUCCGGUUCCUGAUGAGCAACGGCACCACAAUGGGUGGAUUCGAGUUCAACCUACAGCAGCAGGUUCUGAGGCAAUACCUGGAACCAGACGACUCACGAGCUUAUGACUCUUCUACUCAACAUUUUACUUGGCCUCUUUGA